AUGCAUUUCGCUAGUAUGCUUUUGGUGGCCAGCACGGCAGUCCUUGCCGUCGCUGCACCAGCCACCGAGAAGAAGAAGAGAGCCUUGAAGAAGUUCAAAUUCUUUGGUGUCAAUGAGUCUGGAGCUGAAUUUGGGAAUACUGCCAUUCCUGGCCAACUGAACAAGGACUAUGUCUGGCCAUUAACCUCAACAAUCGACACAUUAGUUGGCCAGGGACUCAACAUCUUCCGUACAUUCCUCUCAUACCUAGCUACCGAUCCUGCCUACCUAAAGAGCUAA